ACACAGAGAUGUUGGAGUACAUGGUCUGCAGGUCACGGUAGAGACCGGUACCGGCCUCUAGAUCAGCUCCCAGACAGUUGGCCUGUGAGUGCUCCACCCCUUCUCCCUCCUCCUCUUCCUCCUCCCUCUCCCUCUCUCCCUCCUUAUCCUCACCGUUGGAGAGUAGGAUAUGACUGCUCGGGAGGUGGAGAGCCUUCACCAGAUGCGCAAUGUGUACCUGGUUCUGAGCCAUCUUGAUGGCAACCUC